GUCACCUUAGUAACGGUUUGUUGACACAGUAUUCAGUGGCGCGAUGAGACUGAAACGGCUACACAUACGAUACUACCCACCAGGAAUAUUCCUGGACUAUGAGAAAGGUGGGGAGCUAAGGACGAAAUCUAUAGAUCUGUUAAACUUGACUCCAGAGACUGAUGUGAAUGAGUUGCUGUCAGACAUUAGAGCAGCUGAACCUCUCAUCACCUCAUCCUGUGUUGAGCAGGUCAAAGUGUUAAUCGGAAAACUACAGGAGAAAAUCGGCCAAAAGGAUGAACGCAAGUUCUACCUUUUCAGGGCACUUCAGGCUCACAUCUUGCCCCUGACGAAUGUAGCCUUCAAUAAAUCAGGAUCGAGUUUUAUAACCGGAAGCUAUGACAGGACUUGUAAAAUAUGGGACACCGCAUCCGGAGAGGAGCUGCACACUUUGGAGGGUCACAGGAACGUUGUGUACGCCAUCGCCUUCAACAACCCUUAUGGAGACAAAGUUGCCACAGGCUCCUUUGACAAGACCUGCAAAUUGUGGAGUGCUGAAACGGGAAAGUGUUUCUACACGUUUAGAGGGCACACAGCAGAAAUCGUGUGCCUGGCCUUUAACCCUCAGAGUACCCUGGUUGCUACAGGCAGCAUGGACACCACGGCUAAAUUAUGGGAUGUUGAGAGCGGGGAAGAAGUGUCCACAUUGGCAGGUCACUUCGCUGAGAUCAUCUCUCUCUCCUUCAACACAACGGGCGAUCGGUUGGUCACGGGAUCGUUUGACCACACUGCCAUUCUGUGGGAUGUUCCGUCUGGCAGGAAAGUUCAUGUUCUCACAGGUCACCGUGGAGAGAUCAGCUGUGUUCAGUUCAACUGGGACUGUUCCCUCAUCGCCACGGCCUCUCUGGAUAAAACUUGCAAGGUGUGGGACGCAGACAACGGUCAGUGUUUGGCUACUCUCUUAGGUCAUAAUGAUGAGGUGUUGGAUGUGUGUUUUAACUACACUGGUCAAUUGAUCGCUACAGCCUCUGCUGAUGGUACAUCAAGAGUGUUCAGCGCAGAAACGUUCCAGUGUUUAUGUCAAUUAGAGGGCCAUAAAGGAGAGAUAUCAAAGGUGUGUUUUAAUCCGCAGGGGAGCCGUGUUUUGACGGCAAGCGUGGAUAAGACGGCUCGUGUGUGGUGCGUGAACACGGGAGUGUGUUUGCAGGUGCUGGAGGGACAUUCUGAUGAGAUCUUCUCCUGCGCUUUCAACUAUGAGGGAGACACCGUCAUUACAGGCAGUAAAGACAACACCUGCAGGAUCUGGCACUGAGAGAGCGGCUGAACUCUGGAUGUUACAGUAUUCCUACACCUCUCUGGAUUAAGAUAUCGUGUGUCAUCUUGUCACACUUCUGUAGUAUUUCUAUUCACAAAGAACAUGUGGGAUGUGUAGAGGAUAUUUUUGCUGACAUUUUCCCCCUCUUAAAGAAUAUUCUGGGUUAAAUACAAGUUAAACUUAUUUGUGGUGUGUGUGUAUAUAUAUAUAUAUAUAUAUAUGGCUCUAAAAUAAAAGAUAAAAGCUGUGUCAGUGGCUCAACUUGCAGGAAUACUAUUACAAAUGCUGUUAAUAUUAUAAAUAAUAUUACAAAAAUAUUGUUUCACUAUAUUCAAAUAUUCUGACAAAUUAAACCGUUUUUUGUCUGUGAAAAAAAGUUAAUAUGUGCUGUAAAAAGACUUUUUUUUUCAUUUCUGUUGUUAGGUUAAUUUAAAAUGUAAAUCAUUCAUGUAUUACCAUAUAAUUCCACUUACCACUUACAUUUUCCCCCUCUUAAAGAAUAUUCUGGGUUAAAUACAAGUUAAACUUAUUUGUGGUGUAUAUAUAUAUAUAUAUAUAUAUAUAUAGUGGCCACAAACAAACAACUCAUUCCCUCGUUUUAUUCAUUUGUUCCCUCGUUUUAGUUAAAUUGUGACCACGAAUUAAGAAUUUGUUCCCUCGUUUUACAAAAUCGUGGCCAUGUUGUAGUAAUGCGUUCUCGUUUAAUCAAAACGAAGGAAAAAAUUAGUACAACAUGGUUACAAUUUACUAAAAGGAAGGAACAAAUUCGUAAUUCAUGGGAGUGAAUUCUUAUUCGUGGCCAUGAUACAUACACUGUAAAAAAUUAUUGUUGGUUUAACUUAACCCUUGUGUGUCAAAAAAAAAAAAGUUACACAUGUCAAUAGUGGACAAAAAUGUCCAUCUCAAAAAACUGUCAUAAAAAUUUGAAGCUUGGGAGCACAGACUUAAAUUUGGUCUCAUUUUAAAGAAGACCCUUGGUAGAUUAUUGUUGAAGUAAAAAAAAGUUUAAAAAGUGAACCAAAAAAAAAGUUAUAGUGGUUCAAGUUUAUGAAAAUGAUUUAUGAACAUUAUUUUAUAUAAAAUAUAUAUUUUAUGAAAUAUGUUUAACUCUAAAACUGCUGGAAAAUCAAAGCCAUAAAUCUAAAGAAGUUGUGUUCCAAAUUUGUGGUUGACAUCUCAAAAAAUUAGCAUUCAGUAAGAUUUUGUUUGGGCGCAGUACCAAAUUUUCCCCAUUAGAUGCCAGCAAAGCUCUACUGGUGCACACAGUGGUUAAAUUUGUGAUAUGCAGUAGAGUUUUUCUCUCUCAAAUAUUACAUGCGCACACACAAUUUUUUUUAUUACACACACAAACCACACUCUGACAUCCAUACCAACACACCCACACCUAUAGCUGCAUAAUUUAUCCAAUUAGCUCUAAAAAAGCAGAAAACAGGAAUAAAGCGAGUAUUUGCUUUAUAGGCCAAACCUGAGUAAAUGGCACCAUCUGGUAAAAAAAAAGUAAAAAUUUAAUUUUGAAGCCUUGCAAACAAAAUUAAACAGAACACCUUUUAACAAAGAUUGCAACAUUUUAUAGUUAAAUGGCCCUGGGAUUAAAAAUUGCCAUUUUAAUUUUGUGUACCUAGUGUAAAAUAGAUUUAUUAAAGGAAAUGGGGGUGAAAUAGUAAAAUUCCAAUAAAAUACACACCUGAGCCAAAAAAAAAAAAAAAAAAAAAAAAACUAAAUUGAAAAAGACAAAGGUCUUUUAAGGUCCAUAAGGUCACACAAGGGUUAAAAAAGUAAGUUACCUGGUUGCCUUAAAACUUUGAGUUCACUGAAAUUAAAAAUUUGAGUUAAUACAAUGAAGGAGAUUGGUUUAAUAAAUAGAAACUCAAAAUAUUAUAUUAUCUGAACCACAUUAAUUAUCUAAGUUGAUUUGACAAAAGAAAAAUUUGUGAUAACAAAUCAUGAAAAUAAUAUUUUUACAGUGUAGGCCUAUUUGUUUGUCCACAUGUCCUGUGCAGGGCUCCAUAGUAUGCUGUCAAAAAUAAUUUGA